AGCGGGGCGCGCGCCUAAAAACCGCACACACACACACCGCUCUCGGUUCAGGGCGGAUCGGGAUUUUUUGUCACAGUGAUCCCGCUUGAACAGGAUUUUCCUGUUUAUCCUGGUUUUUGUCGUCCGAGCUUGUUAUUCUCCAGCAGAAUUAUCUGGAAUAUUUCCCAUCCUCUAAUCGAAACGCCGUUUGAACGCGGAAAAAAACGCCGGUCUGCUUUUGUGCUGAUGUAAAUGAUGCUCGUGCGCCCGGUAAACGCGCAGCGGGGAGAGCGGCGCGUCCGCUCGAGCUGAUGACAAUAGCGGACUUUAACGAUAUAAACGCGAAGGAUACAAACAGAACCUUUGGGAAAAGUCGGGAAACAUGUCUCUCAGCAGAAGCAUCGAGCUCGAGCACUUUGACGAGCGGGACAAGGCGCACCGCUCCAAACGCGCGGUGGUUUCGGGCGGCUCGGGUUCGCGCGCGAGCAGUCUGGUACCGAGUCCCGCGCACAGCGCGAACUGCAGCUUCUACCGCACGCGCACGCUCCAGACGCUCAGCUCCGAGAAACGAGCCAAGAAGGUUCGGUUCUACCGGAAUGGAGACCGGUAUUUCAAGGGUCUGGUGUACGCGGUGUCCAAUGACCGCUUCAGAUCAAUGGACGCGCUCCUGGCCGAGCUGACGCGCGCGCUCACGGAUAACCUGCACCUGCCGCAAGGUGUGCGCAACAUCUACAGCGCGGACGGCGCGAGGAAGAUCGUGAGCCUGGAGGAGCUGGUGGAAGGGGAGAGCUACGUGUGCGCCUCGAACGAGCCCUUCAGGAAGGUGGACUACACCAAGAACGUCAACCCCAACUGGGGGUCGAGGGGGGCGGGGCCAGUGGGCGGAGCCUCUCGCCUCGGGCCUCCUCGCGCAGCGGGGGAAUCUAAAGACUUCAUCAAACCCAAACUGGUGACGGUGAUCCGGAGCGGCGUGAAGCCGAGGAAGGCCGUGAGGAUCCUCCUGAACAAGAAGACGGCGCACUCGUUCGACCAGGUGCUCGCUGACAUCACCGAGGCCAUCAAACUGGACUCAGGGGUGGUGAAGAGACUCUACACGCUGGACGGCAAACAGUUGACGAGUCUGCAGGAUUUCUUCGGUGACGAUGACGUCUUCAUGGCGUGCGGUUUGGAGAAGUUCCGCUACGCUCAGGACGACGCCGCUAUCGGACACGCGGGGAAGGCCGUCGCGGCCGCCUUCGUUAACGAGUGCAAGAAAUCUCGACCGCCGGUUCCUCCGAAGACAGCAGGAACCAAGAGCCCCGGGGUCCCGCGCUCCAAAUCACCUUUAUCUGCCAAUGAGGCUCCGAGAAGCGGGUCUCCGCCGAUGAGGUCAUCAAAGUCUCCCGACAGCCGUAAAACGUCCAUGCAUGAGGCGUCUCCGUCCCCGACAGCCUCCAGUGUCCUCAAUGAUGAAGAAGAGCACACUCCGGAGGUGAACGGCAAUGAUGUUCAGUCGUCGGUCAUCAGUGAGAAAUACAAAGUGGGGAAAGUCAUCGGCGAUGGAAACUUCGCUGUCGUCCGAGAGUGUGUGGAGAGGUCUACAGGACAGGAAUAUGCGCUGAAGAUCAUAGACAAGGCCAAAUGCAGCGGAAAGGAGCACCUGAUAGCCAAUGAGGUGGCGAUACUGCGCAGGGUUCACCACCCCAGCAUCAUUAUGCUAAUUGAGGAGUUGGACACGCCCACUGAGCUGUAUCUGGUCAUGGAGCUGGUAAAGGGCGGUGACCUGUUCGACGCCAUCACUUCCUCCACGAAGUACACGGAGCGAGACGCCAGUGCCAUGCUGUUCAACCUGACCGGCGCGCUGAGAUACCUGCACCACAUGAACAUCGUACACAGAGACAUCAAACCUGAGAACCUGCUGGUGUGUGAGUACCCUGACGGCACUAAGUCUCUGAAGUUGGGUGAUUUCGGGCUGGCUACAGUGGUGGAGGGGCCGCUACACACCGUCUGUGGGACGCCGACGUACGUCGCCCCGGAGAUCAUCGCAGAGAGCGGGUACGGGCUGAAGGUGGACAUCUGGGCGGCGGGUGUGAUCUCCUAUAUUCUGCUGUGUGGGUUUCCUCCGUUCCGCAGCGAGAGGAACCAGCAGGAGGAGCUGUUCCAGCAGAUCUUACUGGGCCGACUGGAGUUCCCCUCCCCGUACUGGGACAACAUCAGUGCCUCUGCUAAGGAUUUAAUUGGUAAGAUGCUACAAGUGAAUGUUGGUGCUCGUUACACAGCUGACCAGGUGCUGGAACACCCGUGGGUGCAGGACGAUGCAGUGAUGGACAUCAACAUGGCGUGUGAUAUGGAAGACAGUGUUGAAUCAAAAAUAACACACAACAGCACGGUAGCAGAGGCUGAGGUGGUGGAUCAUCUCCAUGGAACUUCAAAGAACGGCACAGUAGAUCACAGCUGGCAGUAAACUGAGGACGCAGAAGAGGAGAAACCCUGAUCAACACCAAUAACCUCAACACUGAGACCAGACCAGAACACCUUCUCUGAUCAUCAAUAUUAAUCAUGUUCUAGUGGUAGUGACAUGCUGAAACUUCUAACAUUAAAGGGAAAACAGGUGAAAAAACACCUCAGAACACCUUAGCAACCGCAUAGCAACAUGGAAUCCAUCGCAGUUUGUUUGCGUGCACUAAUGUUCUUCAGUCCUAUCCGAGUUCACAUUCUGAAAGUUCUGUUUAUAUGCACCUUAAACUUUCCGAUACGAUUCACAUUUUCCUUUACAUGUGCGUUUAUGUAUCCUGAACUAAAUUCAGACAUUUUUCCUCAGAAUUCUAAAUUAGAAUUUUAGAUUUUUUUUCCACAGAAGUUUCUCACAAUUCUGACUUUUUCUUGGAAUUCUAAAUUUACAUCUCACAAUUAAAUUCUUUUUAAAUUCACAUUUCAGAUUUUUCCCCUUAUAAGUCUACAUUUACAUCUCACAGUUCUGACAUUUUUUCUUGGAAUUAUGAAUUUACAUCUCACAAUUUGACUUUUUUCCUUGGAAUUCUAAAUUUAGACCUCACAAUUCAGACUUUUUUCAUCAGAAUUCUAAAUUUACAGUUCACAGUUCGGAAUUUUUUCCCCGGAAUUCUGAAUUUACAUUUCACAGUUGAGACUUUUUUCAUUGGAAUUCUAAAGUUACAUUUACAUCUCACAGUUCAGACAUUUUACCCCGGAAUUCUAAUUUUACAUCUCACAGUUCCAAAUUUUUUCCUUGGAAUUCUAAAUUUACAUCUCACAGUUACUAUUUCUUCCUCUGGAAUUAUUAAUUUACAUUAAACAAUUCCAAUUUUUUUCUUCGGAAUUCUAAAUUUACAUCUCACAGUUACGAUUUUUUUCCUUUGGAAUUAUAAAUUUAUCUCACAAUUCCAAUUUCUUACCCCGUAUUUCUAAAUUUAAAUCUCACAGUUACUAUUUCUUGCUCUGGAAUUAUCAAUUUACAUCAAACAAUUCCAAUUUUUUCCUUGGAAUUCUAAAUUUACAUCUCACAGUUCAGACAUUUUACCCCGGAAUUAUAAAUUUACAUCUCACAGUUACUAUUUCUUCCCCUGGAAUUAUCAAUUUACAUUAAACAAUUCCAAUUUUUUUCUUCGGAAUUCUAAAUUUACAUCUCACAGUUACGAUUUUUUUCCUUUGGAAUUAUAAAUUUACAUCUCACAGUUCCAAAUUUUUUCCUUGGAAUUCUAAAUUUACAUCUCACAGUUACAUUUUUUUUUCCUCUGGAAUUAUCCAUUUACAUCUCACUAUUUAAUUUUUUUUUCCCUCGUAAUUCUAAAUUUGCAUCUCACAAUUCCAAUUUUUUCCCUGGGAAUUCUAAAUUUAGAACUCAGUUCUCAAUUCUAGUUGCUUAGUUUUUUCAUCUUGAUUAGGGUUAUUUUAUCACCCCUUCCAAGCAGACUGAAAUUUUGACAUGCAGGAUUUUCAGACCGAUUACUAACAGAUGGUGCAUGAAAAAGACAUGUUAAUUUUCUCCCGUUCUGGUCUGUGUUCGUACGCAGGGCUUCAACUAAACCAGCGACCUCGAUUUUUACCGCACUGUUUCCUAGCCGUCUCUCCCUCUCUGUACAUACAUGUUGAUGUUGGCGUCUGAUCAGAUGCAUCAUUAUCGUCUCAUUUCAGACAUGUGCAUCUUUGUACCUGAAAGCGAUUGAGAGUGUGAGACCGUCUGUAGCUAAAUCAAAACGAUUUAUUUGAAUUGUAUUGGUGGAUGUUUCUUUAAAUCUGAUUUGUGUGAUGAAAUGUGUUACAAGCCUGAUGUAGUUUUAUGACUUUGCUUUACACCAAAUCUUCAGCCUUCGGUGAAUGAGAAUGUGUGUGUAUGUCCAUGAAAUGCCUCCUUUUUUAGAAGAAUUGUUAAUUUAAUUUGAUCUGAAGUGUCGAUCUGAACGAUCGCUUGUGGUAUCACUGGUAUUAACUUUUGUACGGUGGCUGUUCGGGGCCAAGAGCUCCUCAUAAUUAUUCUAAUUAUGAAUUAAUUUCAUGUUUUGUUUUGUAUUGCAACAAUACAUCAUGAGUAGCUGAUAAACCCUGA